AUGGCUUCUUCAACCUACUUUAAGUUCACCACUUUCGCACUAACCCUAAUCUUGAUCUUGUGUCUCACGCCGGAAACCACCGCAUCACGCCGUUUGAAUGAUAAGAAUCCGGCGGUCUAUGGAGUCACCAGCACAACCGUAGACAACGAUAACUGCUUGCCCUUCGGCGGAACUGAUCCUCCGGUGCCGUCAACUAUUCCACCGUUACCGUUUGCCCCUGCACCAUUCCAAAGAAUCCCACGUCCAUCGUACAUUGUGCCUGCCCCUGGUUUCAGGUUUCCUACUUUCCCCUUCUACAAGCCAACGUGGCCGUGA